CGAAUUAAAUACAUUUUAGAAGGUUGCGGCUGUUAAAUCACCAUGACGGAAUUCUGGAAAUCAAACGAGCGCAAGUACUGCGACUUCUGCAAGUGCUGGCUGAGCGACAACAAAGCCAGCAUCGCCUUCCACGAGGAUGGCAAGCGACACAAGCUGAAUGUGGCGAAGCGGAUCACGGACAUUAGCCGCAGCAGCGAAAAGUCUGAGCGGGAACGACUGAAGAUGGACGCCGACAUCCGUAAGAUGGAGGAAGCGGCCAUGCGGUCGUAUGCCCAAGAUAUACACGGCCGUGCCGACAUGACAGCCCGUUCCAUCAACACUGUAAUGAACGCAGUGGCCACUUCCGGCAGCAGUGGAUCCCGCGGCGGAACACACGCCCCGGGCAGAGGCAGGCAGAUAGAUCCCAUGCGAUUAGAGGGCUACUCCGACGAGGAGGAGGACAAUCGGCGCGUGGCUCCCGGCAAAGUGACCGCCGACGCUGCUGUGCCCGAUGCCUCCCUGUGGGUGGAGGGAAAGUCGGAUGAAGGCCACACCUACUACUGGAACGUGAAGACAAAUGAGUCUGUGUGGAAGCCCCCCAAAGAGGGAUACCUAUCGUACGAGGAGUACGAGCGUAUCAAUCAACUGGCCAUCAACCAGCAGGAGCUAUCCCAGGAGCAGGAAUCGCUGCGGUUUCGGGCCAAUGCGGAUGAAGAAGUGGCCCGCGUUAACCGAGAGAGGCUGAAGGCCUUCAGAAAACCAGAGACCGCCAAGGAGAAGAAGCAGAAGGAGGAAAAGAGACUGGAGUUCAAGACUGAAGAGGAGGCGGCAACCAAGGAGAUUGGCCAGUGGCAGACAGUGGAAGUCAAAGCCCCCGAAGAGCCUAUCGACUGGGAGUUGCCCCAGUCCGAUUACUAUGUACCCCCUCCCGUGGUGUCCACGUCCAGCGAGCCUGAGCCUCCGGUCAAGCGCUUCAAGGAAAAGACCAUUUCCGGCCUGGACGAAGAGGCCGCCGCCAGUGUACCUUCAACAUUCAAAAAACGCAAAUUCGCUAACAAGGGCAAUGCGCGGAAGCGUUUAGAUGACUAGGACAGUAGACAAUAUGUAGUUGAUAAGGUUGAUUAUAAAAAUUGUUCAAAAACCAUCUGUUAAAUGCAUUUUUCAGUGUU